AUGGGUUUGGUGCGGUUAGUCUGGCAGGCAUUCGAGAGAGGGAUUGCCAAGGCCUUUUCUGGCGGCUGGGAGAGAUCGCGCCGCGGAGUAUUCCUGGUCCGCACGCAGUCUUGGGCGUGUGUCAUGGGACCGUUUCGGGAGGCCCGCGACGCCGAAGAUAGCUCCCUCUCUCCCUCUCCCUCUCUCUCUCUCUCUUCCUGUCUUCCUCUCUCUUUCACUCUCUUUCCUCGUCCCGAGCCCCCCGAUGCUUCUAUCAGGCGCAGGGGGCUUGCAGGCAUCCAGAUGGCCCACGUCUUGAAUGACACCUGGAAGCUCGACCGCAUAAAGGAGAGUGCCUUCGCCACGGGCGUGCAGAUCGAUUGGCUGAGGAGCAUUUGGCCCGGGGUGAUCUGCAAGGAGCACCCCGAGAUUGUGCAGCGCAGUGUUGAGAAAGGCUACAUCCUGGACCCCAGAGGGCGGGGCCUCGGGGACGUCGGUGCAGCUCUCGCGCACAUAACUCUCUGGGAGCAGAUAGCGCGGCAAGUGGGCCCGAGCGACAUCGUUUUAGCAAUGGAGGACAAUGCGCUCUUUACGACCGAGUCGUUGAACGGAACGUGUUCGGCAAUCGCUGCAGUGGGCGACUUCGACUACUUGGCUCUGACGGUCCUGAGGCCACGUGGCACACGGGUCGACGAUGAUCUCGGGAUUCGAGAAGUGAGAAAGGGGUGGGUAGGUGAGCCGCUCCCCAAUGUGUGGAUGUCUAGUUAUUUGGUGACGGGCGCGGGCGCCGCCAAGUUGUUGAAGUGUCUGAAGGCCAACCCGCACAAUUUCGCCCAGAACAUAAUCGACCACGUUGUGUCGAAGCAGUGUCUGUCUGGAGACGAGGGCAUCCGAGCCUUUGUGGUCGACCACCACCGUUUCUUUGGCCACGAGGAGACGGGUGGCGACUCGCGGAAGAAGUUCAACCUAGACGCAGCAUUGCACCCGAAAAGUUUAUCUCUGAUGUGGUAG